AUGCUGUGGAGGCAGGUCAUGUGUGUCACUCCAGGCUUCCAGCAGAGGGGACCCAAGCAGCCCGAUAGUUGGUUUCUUGCUCACAUUGAGUCCAGUGGGCUGCUCCAGUGGCAAGCAUGGGCAUAUCACAGCCUCAUGGUGCCUCUCAUUGUGAUAAGCAUGUUCUGGGGCUUCCUCAGCUUCUUGGUUCCCUGGUUCAUCCCUAAGAGUCUUAGCAGAGUAGUUAUCAUCACCAUAUUGGUGACCUGUUCGGUUUGCUGCUCUUCCACUGCACCCAGCUACUGCUAUCUCUUUUGGCUAAUUGCAAUUCUUUUUCAUUUCUGUCCUCUCUUUGGACCACAGUUGAAAAAUGAAACCAGCUGGUAUCUGAAGCAUCAUUGGCCUUGA